AUGGGGCAGGGGUCUGUCCCACUUGAAGAAAUCGCCUCCUAUCUCAUCACCUUCGAGCGGCACGAGGAGUGGCUGUCCUGCUCCCCCAAGACCCGCCCCCAGAACGGCUCCAUCAUCCUGUACAACCGGAAGAAGGUGAAGUACCGCAAGGACGGGUACUGCUGGAAGAAACGCAAGGACGGGAAGACCACGCGGGAGGACCACAUGAAGCUGAAGGUGCAGGGGAUGGAGUGUCUCUACGGCUGCUACGUCCACUCGUCCAUCGUCCCCACAUUCCACCGCCGCUGUUACUGGCUGCUGCAGGUACGGGGGGGGCCUGGUGGGGGGGGCCUGGUGGGGGGGGGGCAGGCUCAAGGGUCACUAUUAAAGCACCUAAAACCAAGCUGCGAGGGCUCCGAAAAGAGAUCCCGCAGCCCCGCUGUCUGUCAGUCCCUCACGUGCAUGUCUGUCCGUCUCACAGGCAGCCCGGGGCAUGUCCCGCACAAAUGCAGCAGCACCAAGCACCGCAUCAUCUCCCCGAAGGUGGAGGCGCGGCCCUGCCCGGCCCCGGCCCCCCCCGACCCGCCACGCCUGGCCGAGCCCAAGCCGGAGCCGGAGCUGGCCAAGCCCGACCGGAAGGAGCCCCUGGCGCCCGCCGCCGAGCCCCCCUCCUCCUCCCCGGACGCCCCCCGGCCCUCGUCCGCCGUGGCCCUGUCUGUGGGGCUGCCCAGCAGCGCCGUCCUGGUGAUGACCGGCCUGGAGAAGCCGCUGGCCCUCACGCCCAGCCAGCACCUGGUGGCAGGCGACCCGCCGGGCCUGGCCCUGCUGCCAGGCCCCGGCCUGGUCCUGUCCCAGAACCUGGAGGCCAGCAUGGAGACCGGGGAGGCCGGCUCGGGCGCCUUCGACCCCGACUGCUUCCUCAACAGCCCCGCCCGGGGCCAGACCUACGGGCGCCGGGUCCCGGAGCCGCCCCCGGCCGGCAACCGCUUCUUCAUCCAGGAUGACGGGGGGGCGCCGGGGCGGGGGGGCGUCCGGCCCCCCUCCGGGGAGACGCCCAUGGAGACGGGGGGGCCCCGGCCCGGCGGUGGGGCCGGCGAGCAGCUGCCGGACGAGCUGUACUCCAUCAUCCAGACGGGGGCCGCAGGGGGGCCGGACCUGCCCUUCGGCCUCUCCCUGGACAGCCUCAUCUCCGAGCUCAUGACGGAGGGGGCCGGGGCCGGGGAGGGGAGCAGCCCCCCGCGCCCGGCCCUGCCCGACGCCCCCAGUGAGGCUGCCCCCCCGGGGGGCACGGCAGCACCGGAGACGCUAGUCACCAUCACCGACUUCUCGCCGGACUGGUCCUACCCUGAGGGCGGCGUCAAGGUGCUGAUCACGGGGCCGUGGACGGAGGAGACGGAUUCGUACACCUGCCUCUUCGAUCGGCUGGCCGUGCCAGCCACGCUGAUCCAGUCGGGGGUCCUGCGCUGCUACUGCCCCGGUACGGGACGGGGGGCAGGGAGUAGGGCAGGGCCCUGUCCCCUCUGGGAGUGCCGGCUCCGGGGACUGGCUGGCUCGGUGUCACAGAGUGUGGGGGGACAGGUCUUGCAGGCACAGACCACAUCUGCCCAGCCUGACGUCACUGCCCCCUUAAGCCUUUAUCUGUGUUGCUAUUUUGGGGCCCCGUCCCGAGGGGGGUUAAUUUUAGCCGGGUGGCGGUGGCAGCUCGGAUGUCGCGGGCUCAGCUCGCUCCAGGGUGGGGGGAUUACAGAGGCAUUUUCCAGCCCGCCGGGCCAGGGCAGGCCAGGCAUUCUUUCCAGCCUGAGCGAGGGGAAAAUCGAGACGGGGGGGCCACAAGUGGUUCGCGGAGGGGAUGUGUGGCAGAUGGCCAUAGAGACCCCUCGCCUGGCGCUGAGAUGCGCCCACCUCUGGGGCGGGGCGGCCGGUUACCCGGGGACCCCUCGCCUGGCACUGAGACGCGCCCGCCUCUGGGGCGGGGCGGCCGGUUACCCGGGGACCCCUCGCCCGGCCCUGAGACGCGCCCACCUCUGGGGCGGGGCGGCCGGUUCCAGGGACCCUGCGCUCUCCCCACAGGCCGCGUCGGACUCCUUCGAGGAGCGCAUCGUGGCCCUGUGCGAGAAGAUGAUGUCUCGCUCCUCCUGGCUCCACUCCGACACCCUGAUCCAUGACAUCAGCUUCCGGGGCAUGACCCUGCUGCACCUGGCAGCUGCCCAGGGCUAUGCCCGGCUCAUCGAGACGCUCAUCAAGUGGCGGAACCUCCGUGCCGAGAGCCUCGAUCUGGAGCAGGAAGUCGACCCCCUGAACGUCGACCACUUUUCCUGCACCCCCCUGAUGUGGGCCUGCGCCCUGGGCCACCUGGACGCGGCCCUGCUGCUGUACCGCUGGGACGGCCGGGCCCUCUCCAUCCCAGACUCGCUGGGCCGGCUGCCCCUGGCUGUGGCCCGCUCCCGGGGCCACGUGGCCCUCGCCGCCCGCCUGGAGGAGCUGCAGCGUCAGGAGCCGACCCCCGGGGGAGCCGGAGACAAGGGCUGGGGGCCGCCCUGCCCAGCCGAGGGUCUGCGAAUCCCCUCCCCGCUCUCCGCCAGCCCCGACACAGGGCUCAGCACGGUGAGCAGCGUCUCCUCACCCUCGGAGCUGUCGGACGGCUCUGGCUCCGUCACCUCGGCCUACUCCAGCGCCUCAGCCCUGCGCGACUCGCCUGCUGGCAGCCCCGAACCCGAGGCCGCCAUGGACUUCGGCCCGCCCCCCGAGGGCUGGUACCUGCCGGCCCCCCCCAGCCCGCCCGGCCUGCGCUGCUCCCCCUCCUUCUUCAUGGACUACGAGGGCCCCCCCGAACCGGAGCUGCUGGCUUACGAGGAGAACGCGGAGAACGAGGGGUACCUGCCGGCCCCUGACGUGCUCCAGGUGGACAUGAUCACGCUGGCGAAGCAGAUCAUCGAGGCGACGCCGGAGCACAUCAAGCAGGAGGGUUUCAGCUCCGCAGCCGAGGUGCCGCUGCGGGAGCGAAGCGGGAACAUGGGCCUGAGCGAGACCAUGUCCUGGCUGGCCGGCUACCUGGAGAACGUGGACCAGCUGCCCAGCGGCUCCCAGCACAGGCCGAUGUCCUCGUCCCGGGUGUGUCUCAGCCCCCUGCAGGCCCCGCUCGGGGAGCUGCCCUUCGACCGGCUGCCCCCGCCCUCCACGGCCGCCAGCUGGGCUGAGUUCCUCAACGCCUCGGCCAACGGGAAGAUGGAGAGCGAGUUUGCGCUGCUGACACUGUCCGACCACGAGCAGCGGGAGCUCUAUGAGGCCGCCCGCGUCAUCCAGACCGCCUUCCGCAAGUACAAGGGCCGCCGGCUGAAGGAGCAACAGGAGACGGCGGCGGCUGUGAUCCAGCGAUGUUACCGCAAGUAUAAGCAGCUCACGUGGAUCGCUUUGAAGGUAACAAGCAGGAGGGCUCGGGUGACCCUGUGGGGAAUAGGGGGCUGGGGUGGGGUCUCCAGGCUGGUGUGUGGAUGUGGGGGGACGCUGAUUGCAGGGAGGGGUCUGGGUAACCGGCCGCCCUGCCCCAGAGGUGGGCACAUCUCAGCGCCGGGCGAGGGGUCGCUGGGUAACCAGCCGCUCCGUCCCAGAGGUGGCUGCGUCUCAGCGCCGGGCGAGGGGUCCCUGGGUAACCGGCCGCCCCCCCCAGAGGUGGCCGCAUCAGCAAGGGGUCUCUCUAUGACCAUCUGCCCUGCUCCACCUUCGCUUCUUCUUUUGUCUCUCCCCAGGGGCACUUUCCUCACGAAGAAGCAGGACCAGGCCGCCCGUAAGAUCAUGCGGUUCCUGCGUCGCUGCCGGCACAGGAUGAAGGAACUAAAGCAAAGCAAAGAGGUGGAAAGUUUACAGAAGCGAGGUCUGGCCACUUAGCGCUGCCCCCUCUGCCCCCCCCGCCCGCGGCCCGCCAAAGCUUGGGGCAGCCACACCGGGAACCCAGGCAUCCGGGGCCGGCUGGCCGGCCGCCCCCACCUUCGCUCCCCUUCUGAAACUGUGAUGAUGGAGUCUUAAGCCCCGGCGGCGACGGAGCGUGGCCUCCCCUGGGGGGGGUGCAGGGCCCCCCCUGUCUUAACAAUUGUGCAAUAGAGAGUGGCUGGAGGGAAGCAGAUUGGAGGGGGUCCUGGCUCGCUCCUCAUGCCAAGGGGGCUCCCCUGAGUUGGCCUGAAGGGGAUGAUGCAGCCAUGCGGGGCGGGGGGGGGGGAAUGUCUCUUCAGAACUGAGGUACCAUCUGUUGUACCCCCAUAUCCCUCCGCUGCCCCCUUCAUUUCACCGGAUCUUUGUGCCAAGUUACCCCCCGCCCAGGCUGGGAGCCAGGACUCCUGGGUUCUCUCCCCGGCUCUGGGAGGGGAGUGGGGGCUGGUGGGUUAGAUCAGGGGGGCUGGGAGCCAGGACUCCUGGGUUCUCUCCCCGGCUCUGGGAGGGGAGUGGGGGCUGGUGGGUUAGAUCAGGGGGGCUGGGAGCCAGGACUCCUGGGUUCUCUUGCUGGCUCAUUCCCAGCCCUCUGCAAACAGGGCCCUUUAAGUACUCAUUCAGCCUUAUGUGCUUGACCUGUCCCCAGCUGCAGGGUCUUCACACACACACCCCCCCCCACCCCACAGGGCCGGGGGUGGGGCUGAGAACUACAUCCUAUGGGGCUUUGCAGCACCCAGCCUCUGGGUCCCUACUCCCCACAGCCUUGCUGGGCCUCUUCUUAAAGGGACCCUGAGCCCAGCCCUCCUAACGCCCCGAGCCCCCUAUCCCUGCCCUCGCCAGACCCUCCCGCUGGUCUGGGUCGGCCCCCGGGAGCCCUUCAGUGGGUCAUUUCCCCCUCGCUGGGGCCGCUGUGUAUAUAUUACAGAUGUGUUAUCGGGGGAGCAGGGGGGGUGGAGCCUCCCAGGUUGCCCCCCCCCCCCAUGUUCCCUGCUUGCUGUAUAAAGCCUGCGUGUCCCCCCCACCCCUGCCCGCCCCCUCAUGCACACAGACACACACACCUUGUGUACAUAGUUGUAAUAUAUUGGUGGGGGGGAACCCUAAACAAAAUAAAAAUUAUACUGAAGAAUAUAUUUAAAAACAAAUCUUAAAGCCGCUCGGGCUCUCCACGGCGCGGGGGGGAAGAGCUGCAUGCUGGUAAAAAUUAAAACACCCCCCCCCCCCGUGGUGUUCACCCUGCCCCCCCCCACUCUCCCCGAAAUGUCUGUCCCCCACGUUUCUACCUUUUGCAUGGGUUUGUUUGUAUAAAUUUACAUUAAAAAGGAAAAAAAAACCGAA